AUAUAUCUGAGCUUUUCGGCCACGCAUGGAUACCUUGGAUCCCAGCCGCUCCACUGGAAGCAUAUCUCCGGGUGCGCACCCCCGUCCUCCAUGGCCGGAGCUCGCGUUGCUCUGGCGCUGUGCGUCCUGCUGCUCGCCGACGGCGUGGCCCGGAGAGCCGAGGCGUCCUCGUACAACGUCGGGAACAGAGCCGGGUGGGAUCUCAGCGCGGACUUACCGUCGUGGGCCAACGGCAAAACCUUCUACGUCGGCGACGUUCUAGUGUUCCAGUACUCCAGGUACCACACCCUGGACGAGGUCGACGAGGCCGGGUUCAAGAACUGCAGCGCGGCGAGCGCGGUCCUGUCCCGGAGCGACGGCAACACGACGGUGCCGCUGACGGCGCCCGGCGACCGGUACUUCAUCUGUGGCAACCAGCUGCACUGCCUGGGCGGGAUGAAGCUGCACGUGCUCGUCAACCAGCCGGCGGGCGGAGCAGGAGAGGCCCCGGCGGGGGCCCCGCAGGCCCCGCCGCAGGCCGCCCUCGCGCCCGGCACCGACGACGACGCGGGCGUCCCCAGGCUCUUCUUCGGCGGGUCCCGCCGGACCACGGCGGGACCGCUGCUGGCGGCGUGGCUGCUCGUAGCUACGGCUCUGCUUAUAGUAUGAAGAAGAGGUGCCCGUUGAUUUUACGCGCUGUACAUUCGCAAGGGCGACACGCGCGACGCGAGUAGCGACUCAAGCACGAGUUCGUGAGCUCACCGAGUUUGUACUUGGCUUCUUUCUGUGCUAAAAAUAUGGCGGUUUGCGAAA